AUGGCGAGGAGCCAAACAAACGCCCUCCACCCAUCAAACCAGAGAAAGCAAGCAACGCACCCCCCAAACGCGCCCACUCACGCAGAUCCACCCCGACCACACACCAACCCCUCCCCAAAAACAAAAAGCGCAAAAACAAAUCCAAACCCAUCACCCGCGGGAUCAACCCCCGCCGCCUCUGCGUCCACUGCUUCCAAUCCGGACACCAGUGGGAUUUCUGCUGGCAGGUGCGCGUGCACUGUGGGAGUCGAGAGCACUCCACGACGAAAGGGGGUGAGAGAGCGACAAGGUGUCCGAAGCUGGAGGGGGCGUGGGGGGUGUUUUAUGGGUUGGGGUUGGAGGAGGGGGAGGGGAGGGCGGUGGGGUGGUGAUGUGAAGGGGGAGGUGGAGAAGGGUAAAGGUGAUGGGGAUUUGGAGCGGGGCGAUGAGGGCAGUAUGAAGGGGGAGGACGGUGAGGGGGAGAAGGGAAAGGGGAAGGGUGCCAAUCAACAAGGUGAUGUAAAGAAGGUCGGAGAUGCGGAGCGGGGGCGAUGA